AUGUCUGUGCAACCGUUUUCGGACGAAGAUCUCGCCCAUAGACCUUCCAUCAACUCGCCGUUUGUCGAGCAUGUGCCUCCAACACUUGAGCGCGCUGCCAACCGCCUAAGCUUCCCCCCAUCAUAUGUCGUAGUCGGCGCGUACCGUUUGAUCACGGAUAAGUCAAUACUUGUGCCCGUAUGGAAGAAGAGCCAGCACGGGUUUGUGCGCGGUCUGGGUAUUAGCGCGGCAUGGGCAGCUCUCACCUUCAAUAUUCAACGCGGACUCGUGAGGCUCUUCUGGAUGAAAUCGCCCAAAGUCCUAGGACUGCAAUCUGAAACUAUCUUUGGCUACCGGCCCCCAUUCGACCUGGCUACACUCGCAACCUUAGUAUUCGUCGCAACACAAGCAUCAACGCUCAUCGCCUAUUUUCUACGCCGCAAUCUUCAGGUAGCGCGCACCCGAGCCUGGGACCAGACAGUGAAGUCGAGGCAUAAGGGCAUCGACUUCUUUCAACCUUACGUCGAAGAGUGGGAGACCCCGCCCGUUGUGAACGAAGACGAAUGGGCCGCUCUGGCCAUCGCACGUGGACACAUCCUUCGGCUAACUGUCAAGAAAGCGGUUCUCAUGGCUGUUCGCUAUACAGUUCCAUUCGCUGGCUUCCUUAUUUCUGCUUGGUUCAAGGCUAUGGAUACCUCAAGUUACCUUCACCGGCCUUAUUUUGAAGCGAAGAAGAUGAGCAAGCACGAGAUCGCUACAUUCAUUGCGGAACACAAAUGGGACUACCGCGGGUUCGGAUUCGCUGCGGCUUUAGUUGAAAGUUUACCUAUCAUCGGCCUGUUCUUCUCCGUGUCGAACAGGAUCGGCGCGGCUAUGUGGGCUUUUGACCUUGAGAAGCGUCAACACUACGUAGCUGAAGAGAAGCGCAAGCGUCUUCAGUGA